AGUGAGUUUCAGCAAGUGUCAGUGAAAUGCAAACUUAACAAGACAUCAAAUGUUUAUGUUUCUCAUAACAUAAACUAUUACAUCAGUGAAUGGAAUAAAAAUUUAAAAAAAAAACUAAACAAUUGUUUUAUAUUAAAAAAAAAAGAAUAAUCUUAAAAUUACAUUUAUAAUACCUGAUAAAUAUACUUUUUAAAAUUGUGAUUAAUACCAAUGAAUAUUAUUUUUCUUAUCUCUUUUCGAUAAGAGUGAUUAAUUUCGUCAACGAAAAAAAAAAUAUAUCAAAGUAAAAAAAAAAAAAUAAACAACAAUAAAAUUUAAUUGACAUUUAUAUCCAUGUGGUUUUUUAAUUGAAAAAAAAAAUCAAUAAAUAAUUUAAUAAAGUGUCAUUUAUUGUUUAUUGUUUGUUAUUAUUAUUUUUAUUUAAAUAAUAAUUGUUGAAAAAUAUUUGAGUACAAGGUGGCCUUGCACCCCUUGUGACAUUUGACAUCCAACGUGGUCUCACCCACAGGACCACUGCAUUGCAACAAAUCCUCAUAAAAAAAAAUCAAAAUAUUCACAAUGUAAAAGAGAAAAAAACACUGCAUAACAAGUGGCUAAUAGUUGAAAAAUUAAGUAGGAAAAAAAAAGAAGGAAAUAAUUAGAAAAAAAAGAAGAAAUCAAGAAAUUUUUUUUUGUUUUUUGUUAUUUAAAACACAGUAAAAUGAUGGAAGAAGAUUGCCAAGUAAAAUCAAAUGUAUUAUUAGAAGAAACAUUUUAUAUAACAUCUAAAAAAAAUACAUAUUAUAAAGUUAAAUUAUGUGAUAAUGGUUUGAGUUUACAUAAGGAAAGUAAUGGUGCUAAAAAAAUUGAAAAAAUAUGUAUUAGUGAUAUAAUUGGUUGUCGUUGUAUGCGUUUAAAAAAAAGAAACGCGGGAAAUUGUAUAUGUCGUCCAAGUUUAUCAAAAAAUAAUAUGAAAGAUGUUGAAACAACAAAUAUUAAUGAACAAUUAAAUACAUGGGAUGAAUAUGAUACAUCAACUUAUUUAUAUAUUUAUUCUUAUAUAUCAAAAAAAAAACGUGUUAAAACAGCACCAAGAAGGGAGAGAUUAACACUUACUUUACGUUUUCGUACAUUUGAUAAAUAUGAAGAUAAUUUACGUGAAGCUAGUAAAUGGAGACUUGUUAUUAAAUGUUUAAUUAAUAAUAUUAGUAUACCUAAAAAUAUUAUUAAUUCAAAUUAUGAUAGUUUAAAUGAUUUAUUAAAUGCAAGUACAAAUGAUCAUAAAAAAUUAUUGGUAUUAUUAAAUCCAAAAUCUGGUCCUGGAAGAGGUCGUGAAUUAUUUCAACAACGUAUACAUCCAAUAUUAUCAGAAGCCGAGAAGCCAUAUGACGUGCAUAUAACAAAAUAUCCAAAUUAUGCACGUGAAUUUAUAAAAACAAGAGAUAUUUAUCAAUGGAAUGGUAUAAUAUGUGUUGGUGGUGAUGGUAUAUUAUUUGAAGUUGUUAAUGGUAUAUUUGAAAGACAAGAUUGGGAAAAUGUAUUAAAAAAAUUACCACUUGGUGUUAUACCAUGUGGUUCUGGUAAUGGUCUUGCAAAAUCAAUAGCAUAUGCAAAAGAUGAACCAUAUGAUACAAAUCCAAUGUUAAUAAGUGCUUUAUCUGUUGUUAAAUGUCAAAUAACACCAAUUGAUAUUAUUAGAGUUGAAACAAUUAAUCAAAUAUUAUAUUCAUUUUUAUCAAUUGGAUGGGGAAUUAUUGCUGAUAUUGAUAUUGAAAGUGAACGUUUACGUGCUAUUGGUGGACAAAGAUUUUUUGUAUGGAGUGUUGCUAGAUUACUUAGUUUACGUAGAUACAAAGGUGUUGUAUCAUAUUUACCAUGUGAUAAUACACAUAUUAUCAUUGAUAACAAAAAUAAUAAUUAUGAUAAAACAAUCAGAGAUGAUGCUAUCAUAACACAUUCAAAAAGUUAUGAUGAUGAAAUUGACAAAUAUUGUGAUAGCGGUAUUCGAGAGUCAAAAAGUUGUCACAAUGUUCAUGAUGAUCAAGUACCAAAUGACAUUGAUGAUUUAUAUCUAGAUGGUGAUGAAAUAAAUGGUGAAAAUAUUGCACUUGAAACUGGCUUUGAAGGUAGAAGACGUCUUGAUAGUUUUUACUCAGCUACAUCAAGAAAAUCAGCUUACUUUAGUACUGGUUCAACAUCAAGUUUUCGUAGCAUGGAAAAUAGUGAUAAUUCACAAAAAGGUAAUGAUAAUAAUAAUGAAAAUCGAAUUAUGUAUGGACCACCAACAACACUGCCAGCAUUGACAGCACAAGUUCCAAGUAAUUGGACAAAAAUUGAAGGUGAAUUUAUAUCUGUUCACGCAUCUUAUCAGUCACAUAUUGGUCAAGAUUGUCUUAUUGCACCACAAGCUAAACUUGCUGAUGGUGUCAUAUGGCUAAUAAUUAUCAAGGCUGGUGUUAAAAGAUCUGUAAUACUUCAGUUUUUAUUGGCCUUGAGUAAUGGUAGCCAUGUUAAUAUACCAGGAGUUGAUAUGAUACCAGUUAAGGCAUUUCGUAUUGAGCCAUCAGAAAGUACGUCUGGUCAUAUUACUGUUGACGGUGAAGAAGUUGACUAUGGACCAAUACAAGCUGAGGUAUUUCCAUCAUUGGCUAAUGUCAUGAGUCCUUGACCAAAAUUUUAAGACUUAAAUAUGUUGUUUUGUUUUGAAUUUGGUCAUUUUAAAAGUCAAUAUUAAAUUAAUUAAUUUAGAUAUUUAUUAUAUCAAGAAAAUAUAGUAUCUAUUUCGAAAUUAAUAAUAGAAAUAGAUAUUAAUUUUAGAGAAAAAAAAGGAAAAAAAAAGAAAAAAAUUUGAAAAAAGAAAAAGAAAAAAAAAUGGAAAAAAGGGUUUCUUUUUAAAUUUUUUUUGAGGGAUAAAUUUUAUUUGUAAAUAUUGUUCUUUCAUAGAUUAUAUUUGAAUAUGCUCAUUUUUUUUUUUUCGGUUGUGAUAUGGUGACCAAGUUACCGUGUCAGUAUUUGGCCUAGGUAUUCAUUGUUAUUAAAAAUAAUCAACAUUUUUCAUAAAGAUUUAAAAAUAUAUCAAUAAUAAAAUAAUAUAUAUUUUAGUUUAAAAAAUGAUAAUACAAAAUGAUGAGUAUUUUUUAGAAUAAUUAAUUUUUUGAUAAUCAAUUUAAAUGAGAUGUUUAUUUGAUAAUUUAUUUAUCUGAAUUAAAUUUUGAAAUAAAAAAACACCAGAAUAAUAACAUUUAUUUUUUUUUUGUGGAUUAUGAAAUUAAUAUUAUAUUUAGAUAUGUAAAAACUUGCGAAAGAGUUGUGGGUAUAUUCAUGUGAUGAAUAUUUACCCAUUCUUACCGUCCUAAAAUCGUGACAAGUAUUAUAAAUAAAAAUUUAAUUUUCGAACAAUGUUGUUGUUGUUAUUGUUAUUUUAAGUCCUUGAAGAUGAUACAUAGUAGUAUUUAUAAGUUGAUUAUUUUUCACCAUGUCCAGCUUAAUCAUUUACCAGUUACAGGAUACUAGGGUAUUAAAUACAAAUGAAACUUUAGCAAAACAAUAAUAAUAAAUUAAUGAUAAUGAAUAAAUUAAUAAUCUAGAAACAAAAUUAUUUCAUCCAAGAAGAACUAU